CUUUAUUCUUUUUUAGAAUUGUUGAAAACAAAAAAAGCCCCAAAUAAUGUUUGCCUUGUCACUUCCUUCUGCCACUUGCCGUCGUGCAGUCGCACGGAUGCCACUGCGUACUCUUCACAACUAUCCCGGACGAGCCCGAGCAAGCUCAUUGUCGCCUGCAAUGACCUCCACGAUGCGAUCUGCCGCAACAGCUGCAUACGCAGACCCGAGCGAAACAACGCCAAAACUCAUCCUCCCAGCCACAUCCUCCUCCAGCUCCUCCGCAGGCGCCGAUGCCCCACUGCACUCCCUCGAUUUUGUGCAUUUGCCUGGCGUAGUGUUUCCGGGACAAGCGGUGGCCGUUGUCGUUUCAGCGCCCGCCGUCGCGCGCUGGCUUUUGCGCAGUGCCGCAGCAUCAUCCGCACCAUCGUCCCGCUUCUCGCAUCUCACCAGCACCGGCAACCACGGUGCCCAGCCACAGCUUCUGCGUCAUCCAAGCAGCAGCGACACGGCCACCACAGCCACAGCAGCAGCAUCGCGAUUCGAAUUUGGGUACGCGGCGGGGCUGCCCAAACCGACUGUCGGCGACCUGCCAACGCUCGGCUCGGCUGCGGUCACCGCGUCACUCGCCGCCGCCGCCGCCGCCACCGACGUCGCCACUGCCAUCCGUGACAUCCAAGCCACUGACAUUGACGUUGCCGAUGCGCCUGCGGAUGUUGCGGAUGCUGAUGCUGCUGUUGAGGGCGAGCUGACCCCAGUGUGGCUGUCGGCGUUUCAGCCAGCACCCUCAACCCAGCAACAACAACAACCUGCUUCAUCAUCAUCUGCGCAACCGAACGGCGCGAGCCUCGGCAUCUGUGUCGCCAGCGUCCUGCCCAACGACCCGACGCUCGCUCGGCAGACCGUCAAGGUGCUGCUCGACAAUCUCGGCCGCGUUCAAGCCCCUGACGUUGGUUGCCAAAUGCAGCUCGAGUCCGUCGAACCGCUCCAGGACGGAUCGGUGCGUGUCCACGCUCGCGCCACCCAUCGCAUCGAUAUCGACUCGCGCCGUAUGACGGAUGCAGGUGUCUGGCGAUGCGGCGUCCACCAGAUGGAAGACGCUGCGUUCGAGUCCGCGGACGAGUCCGCCCACGCACUCGCGGUGGCUCAGAGUAUUUGCGCGCGUCUGCUGUCAAGAGUCCAGAGCAUGCCCGCAGGAAACGCCGCCGUCGAUGCCUACCUUCCUGCUUGGCGCCAAGCGCUCCAAUUCAGCGAAAUGACCUUGACUGAUUUGCAAACUCGCGGCCCGACGCCCGUCGCGGCUUCUCUCCAUGCCACUCUGUCGACCUUGUCGUUCUACUUUGCAUGGAUUACCUCCGCCACAUGCGAGCUCUCGCCCUACCGCCAACAGCAAUUGCUCAACACGCGUGUGAUUCGCGAGCGGCUUUUGCUUGUAUCGUCUGCCUUGGCCCAAGCUCUGUAAUUCACCCACCACCACCACCACACACCACCACCACUGCACAAGCUCUGCGCUUGGCACUUGCACAGCUUUUAGAAGACCAUGCCGGCCUCGAUAUGCGUUAUCUUGGAUGGAUGUACAGACUGUUUUACGAUUCGUCGUUGUCAAAAUAUCAUAUCUUAUUGUACAUAACGUCAAUUCCAUCAAAACACAAA